UCGUGGCCUUUGCCCACGAGCUCACGGACGGUCGUGAAUAAUGAAACAAAACCCCAAUACAGAUUGUUGUUGUUGUUAUUGUUAUCAUUCAUCGUGCUCGUGUUGCCGCAGCUGUUGCGCCUAGUUUAGCACGAGCAGACGAACGGUGUGCAUGUAUCGGACGGCAUCAGCACUGUCAUUCACAGCCCAUCGGUGAGGGGUGAAGAGGCGGCGAGAUGGCGAGCAAGGAGGUGAAGGUGGCCCUGAAGGCGGCGCGUGAGGCCAUCAAUGGCAAGGACUUCAAGGAGGUGCUCAAGCACUGCAAGGCGGUGUUGCAGGCCGACAAGGAAAAUUACACGGCGUGGGUGUUCAUCGGCGUGGCGGCCGGGGAGCUGGACCAGCCCGAGAAGGCUGAGGACUCGUUCCGCAGGGCCGCGCACAUCGACCCAGCGCAGCCACUCGCAUGGCAGGGACUGGCGAGUCUGUGUGAGAAGACGGAGCAGCCGCGCUUCAAGCAGGCCCUCCCGGACGUCUACGAGAAGCUGCUGGGCAUCUUCGAGAGCAGCGACCACGCGAAAUGGUGCGACAUCUGCAAGAAGCUGGCAGAGACGCAGGAGGCUCAGCAGCGAGUGGUCGAGGCCGUGCGAGCUUGGGUGCGUCUCUACGAGUGGAAGCGCCGGCAGGACGGGGUCGACGGGACGGAGCUGCGCACGCUGUGGGGCCGCGUGACGUCCGCGUUGGCACGCGCCGACGCCGCCGGCCCGGCCGCCGACGGCGGGCUGGAGUGUGCAUAUGAGCGGCUGUUGGAGAUGGGUUCGGAGGACGUUGCUGGGCCGGAAGAGGAGAAGCUCCUGGUGAACUACAUCACUUUCCUGUCCAAGCGUGCCGGCGCCGAGGAGCGUCUGCGCACCACCUGCGCCGCGGCCCUCGCGAGGGACGGCGCCGGCCGGGCCCUGCUGGAGCGCGUCGCCACCGUCUACGUCGGCGCCGGCGACGCGAGCGAAGCGGCCGUGCGCUGCUACGAGCGCCUGCGAGCCGUGGAGCCGCGGAGCGCUGCCGCGCGGGUCGGGUUGGCGCUCGGGGAGCUGCGCGAGGGCCGACUCGGGGACGCCCGGGAGACGCUGCGUGAAGUGAGCGCCGAGGAGCCGGGCUUCCUGCCGGCGUGGCGCCACCUGUCGGACGUGCUCCUGCGCACCCACGACCACCACGGCGCCGCCGCCGCCACGGAGCACGCGCUGCAGCUGCUGACGAAGCAGGAGGCGGGUUCCGUCGCGAGCGGAGCGCAGCGGAGGGCACUGCUCCGGAUCCGAGCGGAGGCGCUGACUGCGAGCCGCCCGGAGGAGGCGGCGGCCAUCUACGCGGAGCUUCUGGUCGAGGCUGCUGUGGACGUGGAUCUCAGGGUGGGGCUGGCGGACGCUCUCCUGAAGGGCAAGCAGCUCCCGGAGGCGCGGCAGAUUGUCGAGGAGCUGCGGGCGUCGAACGCGGACUCCGUCGCCGUACUGGCGCUGCACGGCCGCCUCGCCCUGGAGGAGGGCGACCUGGCGCUCGCCGAGAGCCGCUCGGGGGCGGCGCUCGCGAUGGAGCCGGAGAACGGGCGGCUGCAGCUGCAGCUCGGGCUGGUGCUGUGGGAGGGCGGCGGGGAGGGCCGCACAGACAAGACCAAGGCCUGUGCCCACUUCCUCAAGGCGGCGCGGUGCGACCCGUUCCUGGGCGACGCGUUCCUGCACCUGGGCCUCUUCUACCGUGACGUUGCGGGGGACCUGGGCCGCGCCCGCGGCUGCUUCCGCCGCACGCUCGAGCUGAGCCCCGCGGAGCCGCGCGCCGGGGCCGGCGCCGUGGACUGCAGCGUCACGCUGGGUGACGAGGACGCGGCUCUGCAGAUCCUCACGGCCGUCACGGAGCAAGCGGUGGCCGGCACGGCACAGUGGGCCUGGCUGCGGCUCGGACUCUACCACCUGAGGCGGCGCGACCACCCCCGCGCCAUCACCUGCCUGCAGUCGGCGCUGCGGGCGGAGCCGCGCGACGCCGUCAGCUGGGAGUGUCUGGGCGAGGCCUACCUGGCACGCGGUGCCUACACCGCCGCCGGCAAGGCCUUCGCACGCUCCGCCGAGCUGGCGCCGGGCCCGCAGUCCACCUACAGCCGCUACCAGACGGCCGCCAUCAGACAGUCCCUGGGCUCGCACGCCGAGGCCGCCCGGCUCUACCAGCAGCUGCUGUGCGACGACCCCACGCACGUACCGGCCCUGAAGGGUCUGGCCGAGAGCCACGUGGCCUUGGCACGCGCCUUGCUCGCCGAUCACCUGGACGGCCGCGCGGUAUCGCACACUCAGGAGGCCCUCGCCGCCCUCGCCAGCGCCGUGGUGCUGCGCCCCGACUUCUCGUGCCUGUGGAAGCUCGUGGGAGACGCGUGCACGGCGCUGCACCGCCUGCACCCCUCCAGCGUCUCCCUGGGAGUCCCCGCGAUCCUCCUGGGCCCCGGCGACGGGGGCCUCCCGGCCGGCACCACCGCCACCGUCGGCAAGCGGGCGGCGCUGGAGCUGGGAGCCAGGUGCUAUGGCCGCGCCCUGCGCCUGCUGCCCGGCUGCUCGGGCCCUUGGCACGACCUGGGCGUCAACUACUACCGCCAGGCCCAGCACCUCCGCCAGGAGGCGGCGCGGAGCCCCAGCACGGAGCUCGCUCAGGAGACCGCCGGUGCGGCCAUGGAGGUGCUCGACAAGGCCUUGCAGAGCCUGAAGAAGGCGGUGAUGCUGGACAGCUCCAAUCACCGGCACUGGAGCGCGCUGGGCGUGGUGGCGGCCAGCGAAGGUGUGAAGAACGAGGCCCUGGCCCAGCACGCCUUCAUCAAGUCCAUCCAGGCCGAGCAGAACAACGUGGUGGCGUGGACUCACCUGGGUGCCCUGUACCUGGGCAAAGGCAGCAUGGAGCUGGCCCACGAGGCGUUCAAGGUGGCGCAGUCUCUGGAGCCGUCCUACGUCGCGUCCUGGAUUGGUCAGGCCCUCAUCGCCGAGACGAUCGGCAGCGACGAGGCCAUGGACCUCUUCAGGCACACGACGGAGCUGGGCGUGCACGUGGAGGGAGCGCUGGGCUACGUGCACUGGGUGUGCACCACGCUGCGCCAGCAGCGGCCCGGCCACGGCGGCGGCACCGCCACCGCCGCCGCCCCCGUGCUGUACAGCGUGGAGCGCAUGGGAGCGGUGCCCAGCGCGCACCAGGCUGCCUGCAAGUACAUCGAGAGGUACCCAGACGACGCCGUGGCGCUCACCAUGCUGGGACUACUCAGCGAGCACCUGGACCUGCACAGGCAGGCAGUGGACGCCUACCACCGGGCUCUGGAGGUCAUUAGGUCAUCGGGUGAGCAGGAGAAGCUGAACUGGGCUCUGAGAAACUACGGCCGCGCCCUGCAUGCCGCGGGACGCUACGGCGAGGCGGCCGCCACGUUCAGGGCGGCGUCCCCGGUGCCGGCGCACUUCGACGACACCGCGGGGCUCGCACUGGCGCUCUUCAAGCUGGGCAAGCUGGAGGAGAGCUACGCCGCGUACGAGCGAGCCCUGGCCGCCGCGGCCUCUGACGCCGACCGCUCGCUGGUGCUCACGGCACUCGCGGCCGUGGAGUUCCGGCGCGGCCGCCACGACGCCGCCAAGACGCUGCUCUUCCGCUGCUCCCUGUCCAAGGAGCCGUGCGAGGAGGGCCUGCUGGCGCUCUGCGCCCUGGGCCUGGCGCUGGGCGACCCCACGCUGUCGGCGGCCGCCCUCUCGGAGCUCGCCAAGCCGCGGGUGUCGGCGGGUCGCGGCGGGGUCGCGCGGGGGGCACGCGCGGGGCGGGGGGCGGCGCGCGCCUCCCGCGUGUCGCUGCUCACGGUCGCCCUGCUGGCGCUGCGGGGCGACGGCGUCGCCGUGCAGCGCCAGGCCUCCAAGGCCGUGCACAGGAACCCGGGCGACGCGUCGCUCUGGGAGUUCCUGGCUCGGGUGGUGCCACAGUUCACGCCAAACAAAGCCAAGGGAGGAGCCACGGCCGCCCAGGUGGCAACCAUAUUGGACUUCUCCAUCGCCAAGCGGGCGCCGCGCUACCACGCCGUCAAUCUACUGGCGGGGGGCUCCGGCUUGCGGGGUCUCAAGGCCUCGCAGCGGGCCGUGCACCUCUACCCAGACGACGCGGCGGGCUGGGCCUGCGUCCUCGCGGCCAGCCACGCCGACGCGGUGCGGCGCUGGGCGGACGCGACGGCGCCACGGCCGCGCCCGGGCCUCAGCGACGCCGUGCUGGACAUCGUCGCCACGCGAGUGAACAGCGGUGAAGUGGAGGCCGGGCUGCAUGACCUCGGCGGCUGGGUUCACUGCCAGGCGGCCUCAGCCGAACUCUGGGAGGGCCGAAACAAGGCCGCACUCAGAGCCUGCUUCAAGGGCCUCGACUCUCUGGGCGACGACGACGGGGCGCGACUGACACUGAGCUUCGUGGCUGCCCUCGUCCGCUUCUGCGAGGCGCUCACCUCGGGUGGCCGGAGUUGGGGCGGCGCGCUGGAGGACCUCCGCUCCGCCACGCUGGACACCGCCACCCCCUACGCCUGGCAGGCGCUGGCCGGCGUGUACCUGCGCGCCGGGAGGGCGCUCGCCGCCGAGGUUUGCUACCGGCACGGGCUGCAGGUGGCGGCGCGCGUCGGCGACUUCUCGGGGAAGGUCUCCUCCCUGCUGCGCCUCGCUCACCUCGCCGUCGUCAUCGUCGCCGCCGGGGUGAAGGAGGAGCGCUGGGCGCCGCUGGCGCAGGAGGCGCUGGCGACGUUGGCGAAGGCGGCACCGGGGGAGGCGGUGACGCGGCUCCUGCAGGGGGCGCUGCCCUUCUGCAUGAACCCCGGGGCAAGGCAAACGCGCAAGGCCCUGGAGCGAGCGGCGCGUGGCGCCGGCAUCGAGGCCUCCAUCGCGCGCUGCCUCCUCGUGCGCCACCUGCUGCUCAAGAGCGACGACCACCUCUUGCAGAUCUUGCUGGAAGACGUGAAGACGUGCGGGGACACGAGGACGCUGGCGCUGCACGCGCGUCUCUCCGCCGGAAGCUAGAGGACCGCCCGCGCACCUGCCCGCCAACUCGCCAACCAACCCCACCCGCCCGCCAACCCACCCGCCCACCCGCCUGUGAACAGGGUCACCGCGCUAACGACCAGCGAGCGAUGGCGUGCGACGCGCGCGACGUCGGUGCGCCUGCGGUUCCGCCGCGGACUGCCACGAGGGUGUAGAUUCUUCACGCGGACUCGAUCCUGGCGUGCGUCGUUUUGCGUAAGAAUCGAUGGUUGUGGAUGCGUGGAAAUUCCGAGCGAACGAUGUGCCGGUGCACUCUCCUACCUCUCAUCUCACUCUCAAAACUCUCCGCUCUCGUUUACCCGUUCAUCUCAGUUCCCCGUUCAUCUCAGUUCCCCACUCAAGUCCUCGCUCAAGGGUUUGUGUUGCCCUCGGCUAUUCACGGCCUCUUUCUCUCCCAAUGAAUGCGACCACUGUCCCUGUGCGGCAUCUUUGAGAAGCUGUCGCCAUGCGUACCCCGUGGACCCGGGCGGCAGGGGGUGGAGGCAGCGCGGUGGUGACACUCGCGCCUCGCGGCAGAAAGCACCAGGGUUCGAGUCCCACCUUGGGCGACUUUCUGUGUUCUCCCCGUGACCCGCGUGGGUUCCCUCCGGGUUCUCUGGUUUUCUCCCACGGAUAAAAAACCCACGCACAAUGUAUCGAUUGGGCAAAGACAUCCCGAUGUUGAACAAUUACCUGCCAAUGACUCAACUGAGAUCACGCAGCAGCAGCAACGCAGCUCCCCAGCUCCCGCGACAACUGAAAAGGCUUCUUGAUACUCAGGACUUUCCUGGGUAACAGCAAAAAGCGUGAAGGUAAUAAUAUGAUACAAUAAUAAUGAAAUAUAAAAAUGCACAAUGUGUUGUAUUGCAUUAAAGCACGGCUCCGGCAAUGACCCUUGCUGACCCUUGCUGACCCUUGCUGCCCGUCGGGGCGGGUUGGUGUGGCUGGCGCAUAGCAGCGUUGGCCGCGACGUCCUCUGAACCGCGUUGUGCCUCGGGAGUGAAGCCCACCGAUUGCCUUACCACACCCGCCGUCACGAUGGAAUAAACUCAGAGCUGCUCACUCUAA